AUGCAGCCGACGCUCUGCAGCUGCUGCCUCAGCCGCGCCCUGGCCUCGGCGCUCCUGCUGUCGCUGCUGCUGCCCGAGUUGAGCGGGCCCUCAGCGGGACGGCCGCCUGCAGCGCGGGCCGCGCCCGACCCUAGGCCCGCGGCGCACGGCCCGCGCACCCGGCCCCCUCCGCUGCCCGAGCCCUCCGCCGCCCGGCCCGCGGGCCGCGCUUCGGCCUUGGAAGCCGCCGGCGCGCGGGGCGCCGAGGGCGGCAAUGGCAGCACGCCCGGGGCGGGGCCGGCCGCUGAAGACCCCGGCGGGAAGGCGGGAGCCGGGGGCCCGGCGGGCGGCGUCCUGGCCGUGAGCCCCGACCCCGGCGACAAGCCCAUGACCCAGCGGGCCCUGACCGUGCUGAUGGUGGUGAGCGGCGCGGUGCUGGUGUACUUCGUCGUCAGGACGGUCAGGAUGAGAAGAAGAAACCGAAAGACUAGGAGAUACGGGGUUUUGGACACUAACAUAGAAAACAUGGAACUGACACCUUUAGAGCAAGAUGAUGAGGAGGAUGACAACACGUUGUUUGAUGCCAAUCAUCCUCGAAGGUAA